AUGAUGAUAUUCGAGGCUCCCGCAGAACUCAUCGAUGUUGCCAUCAUCGGAGCCGGAUGGUAUGGACUCAAAGCGGCCAGGACAUAUCUCGACCUAGAGCCGAGCACUAACUUGGCUGUGUUCGACGGAGAUGACAGUGUUGGGGGUGUCUGGAGUAAGAAGCGCAUUUACCCAAACCUGGUCGCUCAGGUUGGGUUUGGUUACUUCAAUUAUCCUGGCACUCCAAUGUCACAGGACUGGCGACCAGACAAUAAUCUAGUAAGCGGUGCUAUGAUCCAACAAUACCUGGAGGAUUUUGCCAUAAACAGCGGCAUCAAGCCACAUAUUCGAUUCAAUAGCUGGGUCGAGAAAGCAGAACGUUGCCCUCGGGGAUGGAGAUUGAAAGUCAACGGUCGCUUUAUCGAAGCAAAAAAGAUGAUCAUCGCAACUGGUGUCACCUCGGUGCCGAAUGAAACCCCUUUCAAGGUUGAACAGGGGGCCAUUGUCAGCCACUCUCGAGAUAUUGCUACGAAUCUCGAUGACCUGAAGACAACUGAACACGUUGUGGUCGUUGGCGCGGCAAAGUCUGCGUAUGAUGCCGUCUAUCUUCUGUGCUCAUUGGGAAAACAAGUUACCUGGAUCAUUCGGCCUAAUGGGUCGGGCCCCAUGCCGAUCAUGCCGCAUGAGAUCGCAGGAAUCAACACAAUUACCAUGGGAUCCACCCGCCUCAUGACUUACCUCAGCCCUUCGAUGUUCAAUACCAGAACGUGGCUUGGUUCCUUCUUCCACCGCACUUUUAUGGGAAGGUGGUUGACCAGCGCGCACUGGGACUUCAUCACGUACAUGAGCGAAAAGGCUGCUGGAUUUGGAGAGGCAGGAAGCAUUGAGUCAUUGAAGCCGGACCUUGAGCAAAGUUGUUUCUGGUGCGACUCUUCCCUGGGUUUGAUCACGAUUACUGAUUUUUGGGAUACCCUUAAGAAAGGGAAUCUGAAUGUUGUUCGUGAUAAUGUUGAAGUCGCGAAAAAAGGCUCAGUCCUCCUACAGUCAGGGAAAGAGAUCAAGUGCGACUAUGUUCUCAGUGCUACAGGCUGGGGCGAUCACUUUGCCUUUCUAUCGCCGGAAUUGAAAGAAGAGCUUGGAAUCCCAGCUUAUGGCGGUAACCACGACGGAGAUGACGGUAAGAAAGGAAGCUUUUGGUAUGCGCAUGAUAAAGCUGCGGAGGAGAGCGUGGCGAAGUCCAUUCCUUUGCUACGUGGCGGCCCCAAGCAAGACAAAUGGCAUCCUGAUCGCAAGCCCACAAAGCGUCGCUGGAGGCUUUACAACCGGUGUAUUCCUCUUGACUGUGCGCGCGCUGGGGACCGGUCUCUUGCAAUUCUGGGUCAAAUCCACACUACCCAAACACCUACCAUUGCUGGGAUUCAGUCACUCUGGGCUAUUUCCUAUAUGCUAGGAGAAAUUGACCUCCCAGACGAAAAUACGAUGAUCAAAGAGGUCUCCGAGUAUCUCGCCUGGGUGCGGAUGCGAUACGGCAGUGUGGGAGAAAGAUAUCCUUAUGCUCUGUUUGACUGGAUCGGAUAUCUGGACCGACUUCUUAAGGAAAUGGGAUUGAAGUCGCGCCGCAAGAGCAACUUCAUCUCUGAAUAUCUUUCCCCAUACGGUCCGCAUACCUACGCUGACUAUCUGACUGAGUAUAUUGCCAGACGGCCAAGUAAGGGGGCAAGGCUGAACGGUCAAAUCUUCCAUGAUAAGGCCACCACAGCCAGUUCAAAUUCGUCUGACGUUACAAUUUGA